AUGUUAUGUAUCGACGACUUGAAGAAUGCAGCAGAAGAAUUGCAACUUCUAGAAGUUGUUGAUGAAAAACUGCUGGAAUUCAAGAAGGAGCAGAGAGAUUUGAUAAACAAAGCUAAAUUGGAAUACAUCAUAGGAGCAGCGCUUGAAGGACCAGAGGUCUUAGACGAAAUUAUGACUGAAUUUUGCGAGAAUCGUGGCUUGGACGAUGGAUUAGUUGAUUACUUGGAUGAAAUUGUAGCGAAGGCGCAGGAGGAUGAAAACAAUUCUGACUCGAAAGAAUCUGUGCUUGUAAAAAUGCUGAAAGUCAUUAAGGACAGGGUUGUUGCAGAAAUCAGAACAAGGGACAAGCCUUACGUUAAACUUCUAGCUUCGCUGCUACGAAUGGAAGAUCAUCCAGAGAGGGAAGCUUUUCUUCGAGGAGCACUGCUGAAUCCGGACGACGCCACUCGAUUCCAAGGAUUCAUUGUCGAUGGAGUUCAGUACAUGGAGCAGCACCGUGCUGACUGGCUGAUGGAUGAGAGAGUGGAGAAAAUGAAGAUGAUUGCCCGAGAGGCAAUGGUUGGAAUGUUCAAGAAACUUUUGGAACAAAGACGAGAUGCUGCAGCCCGACAGAAAGCUGAAAAGCCUUCCUCGUGA